GGCAAAAGUCGACGCCCCCCUUCGGCACAAACACAGAAUGUUGGUCGUCGGGACCCACUGUGUCGAUAGCAAUUUGCCUGUCUUUGUUGCCUCUUCUUCAUCACUGCGAGUGACAAGCUGAAAGAAAUGACUUACCUAAUGUCUCAGACUCACACUGCCCACGCUUUUCAAUAUCACGCGUGUCCCCAGAACCCCCUGAUACCUACAAUCCAUUGCCCAGACCUCCUCCUCCAUUGCCAUAUCGAGUGUAUGCUGUAUAUUCGCAUCCACGAGCUCCUAACUCCCAACCCUCACCCACAAUGUCAGCGUCGUUAGCGCUCCCACCGGCCAAGGUAUCACCGCUGUCGGUGCUCAUCCAGACGCAGAUCCGAACCAAGCCGCGCCCGCCGCCGCCGGGGACGUCGCUCGCGGGCAAGACGGCCGUCGUCACGGGCAGCAGCGGCGGCCUGGGGCGGGCCGCGAGCGAGCAGCUGCUGGCGCUCGGCCUGUCGCGCCUGAUCAUGGGCGUCCGCGACAGCGCCCGGGGCGAGCGCGUGGCGGCCGCGCUGCGAGCCAAGCACCCCAAGGCCCGCAUCGACGUCUGGACCAUCGAGCAGGAGUCCUUCGCGUCAGUGCGCGCCUUUGCCGCCCGCUGCGCUGAGGAGAUCGACCGCCUCGACAUGGCCAUCCUUAACGCUGCGUUUGCCACGCCCCAGUGGACCGUCACUGCUGAUGGCCACGAAGCAAUGCUACAAGUGAACUACCUCUCCACCGCGCUCCUCGCCCUCCUCCUUCUCCCCGUCCUCUCCAAGCGCAGCAGCAACAACAACAACAACAACAACAACAACAACAACAACAACCCCGCCGCCGACGAAAACGGCCCAGGCCGACUAACCAUCGUCGGCUCCAACCUCUCACUCACCUACCCCUUCCCGCCGACCGACGCCGACCCCUUACUCAGCUACCUCUCCAACGCCUCCAUACACAACAUGCCCAAGGGCAGCUUCGGCGUAGUCGCGGCCCAGCACCGGCAGGUGACGACCAAGAUCCUCCUGCUGAUGCUCGUCCAGAAGCUCGGCGAGCAGGUCGACCCGGACCGCGUGGUCGUCAACACGGUCGACCCGGGCAUGGUGAAGGGCACCGAGGUGGGGCGGCGGCUGCCGUGGCUGGCCAAGGUGUUUGUCGGCGUGGCGUUUGGCUUGCUGGCGCGCUCGCUGGAGCAGGGCGCGUGGACGUACGUGGAUGCGGUGGCGGUGAAAGGAAAGGAGAGCCAUGGGGGGUUUUUGGUCAAUUGGGAGCUGCAUUCGUUUCAUCGGGCGAUGUAUACCCCCGAGGGGAGAGCCACGACCGAGAGGGUUUGGAGGGAGACGGUGGGGGAGUUGAAGAAGGUUGCUGAUGUGGAGGGGGCUUUGGAGGGUGUUAGGAGGAGGGGGGUUUAAGG